UCGAAAAACGCUGCGAAGGAUUUUGAUUACUAAGUAACGAUUUCACUUCCGCAGCUAUGUUCACCUGCUGGCUAGACGUCGGUGUUGUCUGUGGCCAUAACCUAUAUCGUGAAUGAAUAUGUGAAAAUGUCGCAUCAGACUGGAAUAAAGGCGAACGCCGAGCUCAGGAAAUUCUUCGCCGACGGCAAAACCGCCAAAAUUCGCCUCGCCAAAGUCGCUAUAGAAGAUGAACAGCUCGUGCUCAAAGAGAAGCGGGAGUCCAAAUCUAACUGGGAGAAGGAUUACGAAAGAUACGUCGUGCCGCUCGUUGAAGAGAACCAACCUUCUUAUAUUUUGUACAGAUUGGACGCGAAAAAUUCGGUCGGAUACGACUGGCUCCUAAUUAGUUGGUGCCCUGACACUGCUCCUGUCAGGCAGAAAAUGCUGUACGCCUCAACUAAAGCCACCUUGAAACAAGAGUUUGGUUCGUCCGAGAUUAAAGACGAAUUGCACGGGACUGUUGUCUCGGACAUCACACUGGAUGGAUUCAAAAGACACCUAACAAAUGUCGUCAGACCGCCACCUCUGUCGAUGCGCGAGGAAGAACUGCAGGAAAUUAAGAAAACCGAAGUGAACACCGACAUCAGCGUGGAUACGAAGCAAACCCUUGGAACGUUGGCGUUUCCCCUAACCGACGCUGCGACGAAGGCGAUAAAGGACAUGGCGGCCGGACUAUUCGAUUAUUUGCAGUUUAAAAUAAAUAUAUCGGAGGAGAGUGUCCACUUGGCCGAGUCGGGAAACAUAGCUGUGGAAUCUCUGCCCGGCAAAGUGCCAGAGGACAGCGGGAGGUACCAUCUUUACAAAUUUAAGCACACCCACGAAGGGGACUAUAUGGAGUCUGUAGUGUUUAUCUAUUCCAUGCCGGGAUACAGCUGCCCCAUCAAAGAACGCAUGCUCUACUCCAGCUGCAAGAACUACCUUACCGAUCUGAUCUCCAGCUUGGGCCUGGAAAUCACCAAAAAGCUCGAAGUGGAUUCGGGCUCGGAGCUUACCUCUCAGUAUUUGUACGAUGUAAUUCACCCGACGCACAGCUUGCACCGUCCCAAGUUCGCGAAGCCGAAGGGACCCCCCGGCAGGGGCCCCAAACGAAUGACGAAACACCAGGACGCCGCCGAAUAAGUACUAUUCUCUCCCUUUUAAUCGAAACCGCGCUUGCCGGAGGCGGGGCACUCCUCUUGGAGAUCGUUUCCUCUCUAUAUCCAUCGAUCAAUAUCUAGUUUUUUUUGAAAAGGUGCUCAUAUUUUGGUAUAUCGGUUCCUUGUCGCUCGCGUUGCAAAUAAAA